AAUGAAAACUAAUCAUUUACAUAUAUCACUUAAUAAUUGAUGUUGUUUUUUUCCCCUUCAAAAGUACUCAUAAACUAAUAUAAGAUGCAUAAGAAUAAAAAUGUAGAAAAAUCUGUAAAAUGUAAACAAUCAAAUAAAUGUUCGAAUUUAAAAAUUUGUCAUCAUCAUCAUCGUGAUCAGGAUCAAGAUCAAGAUCAGGAUCAUCAUCAUCAUCAUCAUCAUUGUGGAUAUUGUUCACCAAAAUAUGCAUUUGAUUUAUUUUGUAGUUGUACAAGUGUACGUGGUAUGUCUAAAAUACGUCGUGGACCAAAAGUAUUACGUAUUAUGUGGUUAACAUUUGUAUUAAGUAUGACAUUUUUAUUAUUAAGUUCAACAGCAUUAUUAAUUAAAGAUUUUUUAAAUUAUGAUGUUAGUGUACAUACACAAUUAAUUAUGGAUAAUCCAUCACCAUUUCCAUCAUUAACCGUAUGUCAUCAACCACCAUUUUCAUAUGAAGCAUAUAAAUUAUGGAAUGAAUCGAAAAUUUUAUCACCAUCUAAAUAUAAUUUAUAUAUGAGAAAAUUAAUAUUAAAUGCAUUAUAUAAAAAUGAUAUACAAUCAGCUAGUACAAUAUGGAGUUAUGAUAGUUUAAGUGUAUAUUAUCAAAAUUUAAAUGAUAAAGAAUCAUUAAAUUUAGGACAUAAUUUAACUAUAUUCUUAAAUUGUAUGAGAAUCUAUUCUCAUAUGUCAGUAUUUGAAGAUAAUUGUACAUUAUUAAAUGGUUAUCAUAUUAAACGUUUAUCCCAUCAUCAAUAUCUUAAUUGUUAUACAUUUGAACCAAUUAAUAUUAAUGCAGCAAAUGAAACAACAUUUUUAAGUCUUAUUGUUGGUAUGGGUCCAAGAGAUAAAGAUAUUAAUAUACAACAAGCAUUUUUACCUGAUGUCUUUGAACAAGCACGUGGUUUACGUGUUGUUAUACAUGAAACUGGUACAAUGCCUGAUUUAGAAAAAAAUGGUAUUCAUGUAGAACCUGGUAAAUUAAAUGAAAUUAAUUAUGAACCAAUAAGAUGGAAAAAAUUAAAUACACCUAAACGACCAUGUAUUAAACCAAAUGAAUCACAUCAAUAUUUCGAUUUAAAUAUUAAAUAUAAUUAUACUCAUACACAAUGUUUAUUAGUACAUCAACAAAUUGAAAUAAUGAAUCAUUGUCAUUGUAUAUAUGUAAUGCAUCCACGUUUAAUAUUACCCAGUAAAACAUUACCAUAUUGUGGUCAAUUAUGGCCAUAUUUAAAUCAAACUGAAUUUAUUAAAAAAAUUUUGUGUCUUAAUAAAUAUUUAAAUAAUUCAAUUAAACAAAAAUAUGAUGGUCAUAUGUGUUUUCCACGUUGUGAAUUUUAUGAUUAUGAAAGUACUACAUCCGUGACUAAAUGGCGUGCGUAUCCAUGGCAAUUAUAUUGGUUACGUGUACAAAAUUAUGCAACACAAUCAUUAAUUCAUUAUCAUAAUCAAUAUCCAUCUAAUAAUAUUACAUAUACAAAUUCAUUUAAAUUAUGGGAAUUUUAUUUAAAUUAUAAUAAUUUAACGAAUUUACCACGUAAAAGUGAAUUAUUAAAAUAUAAUAAUAAUAAUAAUCAUAAUAAUACAUAUUCUGAUAUCUUUACCUUAUUACCUAAUUGGCCACCAGAAUAUUUAGAUUUAGAUAGUGAAGAUUUUGCAUAUGUGAUAUUAAAACGUAAAUCCCAUAGUACCAUUGAAAAAACUGAAAAAUUAAUAUUAAAUUUAUAUGUAUUAAUAAGUCGUAUUGGUGGUUUAUGUUCAUUAACAAUUGGGUUAACUGCUGCAUUCUUUGUUGAAUUAUUUGAAUUUUGUUAUUUAUUAUAUAAAAAUAAUAAUAUACAAUUAUCAUUAACAUCAAAAACAACAAGGAUAAUACAAACUGAAAAGAAAUGUAUACCAUUAAAUGAGUUAAAACAAAUGGAUGAAAAACAUUCAUGUUUACAACAUAAUCUAAAUACACCUAUUGAACAUUGA